ACGACAACUGUCAAACAACAUCACAAAACAAAAAUUUACAAGUCAUCGGUAAAGCAGAAAAAAGUUUGCAAAAUUUUUAAAAGAUAUUAUUAUUAUUAAAAAUUGAUAAAGUAAAUAAUAAUUAAAUAUAUUUCGUUGUUAAAUUCUGCGCAAAAGAGUUUAUAAGUAAUGGCCGCUACUUUGGAAGAUAAAUCAAUUUGGGAAGAUGGUGAUGAACUCGGCGAAGAAGUGAUGCGUAUGUCCACGGAUGAAAUUGUUAGCAGGACGCGAUUGAUGGACAAUGAAAUAAAAAUAAUGAAGAGUGAGGUUAUGCGUAUAACCCAUGAAAUACAGGCUCAAAAUGAUAAAAUUAAAGAUAAUACUGAAAAAAUUAAGGUUAAUAAAACGUUGCCCUAUUUGGUGUCAAAUGUUAUUGAACUCUUGGAUAUGGAAGCCCAGGAAGACGAAGAUGAUGGUGCUGUACAAGUGCUGGACAAUCAACGUAAAGGUAAAUGCGCCGUUAUUAAAACAUCGACUCGUCAAGCCUACUUUUUGCCAGUCAUUGGUCUGGUAGAUGCGGAAAAGUUAAAACCUGGUGAUUUAGUUGGUGUCAACAAAGAUUCCUACUUGAUCUUGGAGACUUUGCCUGCCGAAUAUGAUGCUCGUGUCAAGGCCAUGGAAGUAGAUGAACGCCCUACAGAACAGUACUCCGAUAUUGGUGGCUUGGAUAAACAAAUCCAGGAAUUAAUUGAGGCUGUUGUUUUGCCCAUGACACACAAGGAAAAAUUCAAAAAUUUAGGUAUUCAUCCUCCAAAGGGAGUUUUGCUGUACGGUCCUCCCGGUACCGGUAAGACAUUAUUAGCUCGUGCUUGCGCAGCUCAAACAAAAUCCACAUUCUUAAAAUUGGCUGGUCCACAAUUGGUGCAGAUGUUUAUUGGUGAUGGUGCCAAAUUGGUGAGAGAUGCUUUCGCCUUAGCCAAAGAAAAAGCUCCAGCUAUUAUAUUCAUUGAUGAACUGGAUGCUAUUGGUACAAAACGUUUUGACUCCGAGAAGGCUGGUGAUCGUGAAGUACAACGUACUAUGUUGGAAUUGCUUAAUCAGCUUGAUGGUUUCAGUUCGACAGCUGAUAUUAAAGUUAUUGCUGCCACAAAUCGUGUAGAUAUCUUAGAUCCUGCACUAUUGCGUUCCGGACGUUUAGAUAGGAAAAUUGAAUUUCCACAUCCCAACGAAGAAGCUCGUGCCCGCAUAAUGCAAAUUCAUUCGCGUAAAAUGAACGUCAGUAGUGAUGUUAAUUUCGAAGAACUGGCUCGUUCCACUGAUGACUUCAAUGGUGCCCAAUGUAAAGCUGUUUGUGUUGAAGCUGGUAUGAUUGCUUUACGUCGUUCAGCUACUCAGGUGACACAUGAAGAUUUCAUGGAUGCCAUUAUGGAGGUACAGGCCAAGAAGAAAGCUAAUUUGAAUUAUUAUGCUUAGUUGAAUAUAAAGCAUACAAAAAUCUAUAUUAUUAUCAUUUAUAAAUGUAACAUUAAAAAUCGCGCUUAAAAUUAAUACUAUUUUUUUAAUAUAAUUAUUUUAUUACGAAAUUAAUAAAAAAAGGAAACAAGAAAA